UAGCCUUUGCUUGACUGAUCACUACACACAGGACACAGAACCUUGGGGCCAUGGCUGGCGGGAAGAGCUCCCACCCAGAAUGCCACUUCGCGGCCUCUGGCGUGGCUGCGAUAAUCAACUUCCCUCUGUGGAGAGCUGCGGCAAUCGGCCAGAGCGGGUUUGACACAACAACGAACAUGGGAAGUAAUUUCUUUCAAAGGUAUUUGGAAGCCCUGAAACCACCGUACAAAGGGGUUGCAGCGACUAUAAUUGGGAUGACGUGGGCGCGCGCCUUCAUCUUCUACGGAAGCGAUCGAGGCAAGCGCAAGCUGGAGGAGCUAGGGUACUCAAGCCGGGUGGUGACGGUGGCGGUGCCGCCUCUCGUCUUCUCCACUGUGGUUCAGUUGAUAAACAUGCCCAUCAUCCGAGCAAGCAUUACCAUCCAGAACCCGGACUCGAAGUUUUCCUCCGUGAGGGAGUCGCUGGCAGCCAUUUACAGAAAAGGCGGAGUUGGUGCGCUGUGGCACGGCACUUCCGCAGGGGUCAUGAAGACCGUGCCCAAGUAUUGCGUCGCGGUAUCCGUCAAGGACUACAUGGAACGGAACCUCGCUCCCGCCGACCACGGGGAUCGAUGGGGGACGCUGUGGCGCUCCGCCCAAAAAUCGGUGGCCGCCGGGGUGGCCGGCGCCGCCCUCACCAACCCGCUGGACGUGCUGAGAAACGAGAUGUUCAAGACGGACUUGGGCGUGAGAGACGCGCUGGCCAAGCUCAGGCGAGAGGAGGGGUCGGGGUUCGCGGUUCGCGGAAUGAGCAAGAACCUGGUGGCCGUCGCGAUCCCGAUCACGGUGACGAUUUUCGUGACGGAUGUCCUGGUGCGCGCGGUUGAGGAGUGA